CUCCACUCCACUCCCCGCCCGUCACCAUGCCCCCACUGCCCGACGGCAAGAUCUACUCGGCCACGUACAGCAAUGUGCCCGUGUACGAAAUCAACGUCGGCGGCAACCAUGUCAUGCGCCGCCGCGCCGACGACUGGAUCAACGCGACGCACAUCCUCAAGGUGGCCGACUACGACAAGCCCGCCCGCACGCGCAUCCUCGAGCGCGAGGUGCAGAAAGGCGUGCACGAGAAGGUCCAGGGCGGCUAUGGAAAGUACCAGGGCACGUGGAUCCCGCUCGACGACGGCCGCAUGCUCGCCGAGCGCAACAACGUCCUGGACAAGAUGCGCCCCAUCCUCGACUACAUCCCCGGCGACAGGAGCCCGCCGCCCGCCCCGAAGCAUGCCACGGCCGCCUCCAACAGGAUGAAGCCGCCCAAGCGCAAUGCGGCGGCGGCAGCGGCGGCGGCGGCGGCAGCAACAGCAGCAGCGGCGGCGGCCCAGAACGCCAAGAACGUCUACUCGCUGGAGUCGAUCCAGUCGUUCGUCACAAACUCGCAGCAGUCGCAGGUCAGCGAAGACGCCUACGAGGCCUCGCAGAUCCGCUCGCAGGUUUACCGCGAAGACACGCCCGACAACGAGACGGUCGCCUCCGAGUCGAUGCUGGGCGACCACGACCUGAUGGACGCCUCGCACUUCUCGGCCGGCAGUCGCAAGCGCAAGCGGGGCAUGGACCAGAUGUCGCUGCUCGACCAGCAGCACCAGAUAUGGGCCGACCAGCUGCUCGACUACUUCAUGCUGCUGGACCACAAAGACGCCUACUCGUGGCCCGAGCCCCCGCCCAACAUGAACCUCGACCGUCCCAUCGACGAGAAGGGCCACGCCGCCAUGCACUGGGCCGCCGCCAUGGGCGACGUCGGCGUGGUGAGGGAGCUCAUGCACCGCCGCGCCCACAUCGACUGCCUGUCCAACAACCUGGAGACGCCCCUGAUGCGCGCCGUCAUGUUCACCAACAACUUCGACAAGGAGACGAUGCCGAGCAUGGUCAGGAUCUUCCAGUCCACCGUCCACAGGACAGACUGGUUCGGCAGCACAGUGUUCCACCACAUCGCGGCCACCACCAGCAGCUCCAACAAGUACAUCUGUGCACGCUACUAUCUCGACUGCAUCAUCAACAAGCUCUCGGAAACGUGGAUACCAGACGAAGUCACGCGACUGCUGAAUGCGCAGGACCAGAACGGCGAUACAGCGAUUAUGAUUGCUGCGCGGAACGGGGCGAGGAAGUGCGUGCGAAGUCUGCUGGGGCGCAAUGUCGUUGUGGACCUACCCAACAAGCACGGCGAAACGGCAGACGACCUCAUCCGCGAACUCAACCAACGGCGACGCAUGCACAGCCGCACACGUCAAGCCUCUUCGUCUCCCUUUGCGCCGCCGCCUGAACACCGACUCAAUGGCCACAUGUCUCAUCUAGACGGCGGGCCCCUGAUCCCCCACCCCUUCCCCAGCAUGAGCAUGAGUAUGAGCAUGGGCAUGAGUGUGGCGCCUCGCUCACCUACACAAUACCGCUCACAGACGGCCUCGCAUCUCAUGACAAAAGUCGCGCCGACGCUUCUUGAGAAGUGCGAGGAGCUGGCUGCCGCCUACGAGUCGGAGCUGCAAGAAAAAGAGAUUGAAUCAUUCGAUGCAGAGCGAGUUGUCAAGCGGCGACAGGCCGAACUCGAAGCAGUGCGCAGGCAGGUGGCCGAUCUACAGGGCAUGAUACGCGUCGACCUCAACGACGACGAAGCAGACGGGCAGCAAGAAGAAGAGCUGCGCAUGCUCGUUGAGGAAGCAGAGUCCCUCCUCGAGGUUGAGCAGAAAGCCGAGCUAAGACGACUGUGUGACAGCACACCACAGCAAAAUCACGCCGACACAAAUUCAGCCAUCGACAUGCAGGAAAAGAUGAGGUUAACGCUACUUCUACAUCGGGCGCAGCUGGAGCGGAGAGAGUUGGUGCGCGAAGUCGUGGGCAACUUGUCGGUGGCAGGCAUGAGUGAGAGGCAGGACAAAUUCAAGGCUCUUAUCGCCAAGGCGCUGGGGGAACGCGAAGACGACAUCGAGUCGAUGUUGCCGGAGAUUCUGAAGGAGCUGGAGGAGGUGGAGACGCAGGAACGGGCAGAGGCUAUCGAGGGGAGUCCGGUGUGACCUGACCUGACCGAUGCAUUUCCUCUCAAAGGUGUUGAUGUGCUUUUUGCAGUUCGGUUUCUUGUGCAGGCGUUGUUUUGAUUCCCCAUAUGUUAUUUUCUCACCAUGGCCAUGGCGGUGCAGUGGCUAUGUUUAUCAUACGCUAUCUCCUAAUGCAUAUUUGACUGUACCUCGUGUCGAUGAGCACGCAAU